AUGAAACGAAGACUUAGUUUAGGGAUCGCUAUAAUCGGCGCAACAAAAGUCCUAAUACUGGAUGAGCCGACCUCUGGAUUAGAUCCAGAAGCUCGCAGAGGGAUAUGGGAUGUAUUGCAAGAGUUGAGACAAAAGAAGACAAUACUAUUGACCACUCAUUACAUAGAAGAAGCGGAUGUACUGACUAUUAUCUACUAUACUUACUACCACUUCGAUCACUUCCACUUUCAUUUGACACAUUUCUUCGCCCAUCAUUGGGACGAUCAUAACGCCCAACACGUGUUGGCCCACAAACUUCUCAAAGACCGCACCAACACUACCGGUGCCUUUCACUGGUUCCGCCGGUCGGCAGAUAAGGGUCACCCGCAGUCGGCCUACAACUUAGCGGCCGGGCAUCUGAGUGGUCAUCGGACUGACGUGAAAAAAGGUGAAGUGAGAAAACUACUAAAAUAUGCCGCAAAAAAUGGUGUCCUCGAAGCAAAAACUUUAUUACGAGAGUUAUGCCGUGAGAAACCUAAUUAUUGUGACCUUUGAACUGAUUUUUAAAAAUUAUUACUAUUUUCCCA